AAAAUGGAAUCUUAUUUUGAUGUAUCAGUGAAGUUGAUUGUUUCAAUGCAGAUUAAUGGAUAUGGAAGGAAGCCCACAAGUUACGAGAAGAACAACUAGGUCUUGCGCUGUUUCCAGCAAUGACGUUGAAUCUACAAAACCUUCUGAAUCCUACAAACCAACUCUCAAUGACCUUGCAUUCGGAAAACAACCUUUUGGCUUGGAGGAUCUCUUGUCUCGUUUUCCCUGCAGACGUACUCAAAUUCUAGAGUUUUUACGCUUAUUGGGUCCCUUGAAUUCCCCCUUGUUCCCGGUUUUGGUCUAUGGUGGUCCUUCUACAGGGAAAACCAGUGUUACUCUCCAGGUAUUCAGGCAUCUAAAUCGCCCUUUCAUAUAUUCCAGUUGCGUUACAUGUUACAGUCCCAGGAUCUUGUUCGAGUCCAUGUUGAACCAGUUGUUGUUUCAUAGGAAGGACUCAAAACAUAGUUAUUCUAGUGUAAAACGUUGUGAGAGGCCAUCUGAUUUUGUGAAUUAUCUUCGUGAAGCAUUGGAGAAUGUGAUUUCUAGUCUCAAGGGGAAUUCAGGGAAAUCAAAUUCUAAGAUGAGCGGACGACCUGAUGGAACUAUGGUUUACUUGGUUUUUGAUAAUUUGGAGUGUGUUCGAUAUUGGGAUAAAAGUUCUACUAUAUUACCCUUUUUAUUUAACCUUUAUGAUAUUUUAAAGAUGCCCGAGGUUGGUUUGAUCUUUAUUAGCAAUAUCUCACCUGAUAUGUAUUACUUGAAUAUUGGUUAUGUGGAGCCAAUUCCUCUUUAUUUUCUCAACUACACUGAAGAUGAUCUUCGCCAUAUUUUUAUGGUAAAUCAAACCAACCGCAAGCUGUAUGCCUCCUUCCUUGAUGUUGUGCUAAGGCCUUUCUGUAGAGUUACCAGACGUGUAGAUGAGUUGGCUGCGGCCCUUUCUUCAUUAUUUAAAAAGUACUGUGAACCCUUAAGUGACAAGGAAGUUGCUCCCAAUGAAGAAAUGAAGAGAAAGUUGUUUAGUCAGAUUCGACCGCAUAUUUCUUCUGCAUUGAAUGAAACAUUCCAGGUUAGAUCUCAACCACUUCUCGGAGCUGAAGCUAACAAGACAAAGAAAACAAAUAGUUCAAAGAUGUCAGGAAUUCUAGAAGACUUUGAUAAGAUAGAUUUUCACAUGUCCACUUCUGCAAAGUAUCUUCUUAUUUCGGCAUUCCUUGCUUCAAGAAACCCUGCCACCCUUGAUGCUUCACUAUUUGAUUCAACGGGGGUUUCUGAUAGUCGCAAAAGAAAGAGGAAGGCCUCUGAGAAAUCAAUGGAUCAGAAGGAAAUGGCGGAGCAGGAAUUGCAUAUGAAAGGGCCUGGAACGUUUCCAUUAGAGAGGUUAUUAGCCAUAUUUCAGUGUAUAACUUCUUUAGCAGAAGAUUCCCUUGAUGAAGAAGAAAGUCGGGAGCUAACAACUGAGGGAAGUAGUAGAGGACUGAUGUCUGAUGUACUAUUGCAGCUGUCUAGUCUAUGCAAUGCUAAUUUUAUCAUUAAAGGAGGAAGCUGUCCAUUGGAGGGGUCAACUCGAUAUCGUACUGCAGUAAGUGAAGAUCUAGCUUUGAAGGUGGCAAGGAGCCUUAAGUUCCCUUUAUCAAAAUACUUAUACAGAAGAUAAUCUUGAUGUGAAGAGAUGCUUCAUCAUCAUCAAUUUUUCUUUGUCAACCGAUUAUGAAGGAGCAUAUGAAAAUUCCAAGGUGAUAAUUUUUGUUUAAUAUGUAUUUUGUUUGGAACUGUCGUACGUAGAUGUUAAAUUUGUUAACCUAACGCCAUGGACGAGGAAUCAAGGAAUAAAUCGACAAUCAUAGUCCAUGGUCCUCGUAGUCUGAUAUUGUAACUCACUUACAGAGGAAUUCUGUUUAGCAACGUAGUCGAUAACUGCAGGUGAUAAUUUUUGU